GGGUACCGCGCCGACGGGCGCCGCGCUACGGAGCUGCGGAAGGUCCGGGCCCGGAUGGGGGUGUUCGCGCAGGCGGACGGCUCGGCCUACAUCGAGCAGGGCAACACCAAGGCGCUGGCCGUGGUGUACGGACCGCACGAGACCCGCGGUCCCCGCAGCAAGGCGCUGUCCGAGCGGGCGGUGCUGAACUGCCAGUACAGCAUGGCCACCUUCAGCACCGCAGAGCGGAAGCGGCGGCCGCACGGGGACCGGAAGUCGGCCGAGAUGGCGCUGCACCUCAAACAGACCUUCGAGGCCGCCAUUCUCACCGAGCUCUACCCGCGG